UCGCCUGAAAAUAAUUAAACAUAUAAAACCUCAAACUUCACAGAACCUCUUUAAGAAAAUAUAUCGUCUAUGUAGGUUGUCAAAAUGUCUUAGCCUAGCCUUCUUUUCAGAUUUAAAUAAAAAAAAAUAUCUGUCACGUAUUUAUUUACGCUUUCUUUUUGACUUUUCUCAAGUGUUAAAGUUAGGAUUCAGUGUUAAAAUGGAUAUGUUAAUGUCAUCAUUAAUUUUAGUGCAUUAAUUAAAUUAAUUUUAUGUGAUAAUGACUUUAGAUAUUGUAUGUAAUUUUCGUAAAUGCAGAAGAUCAUUAUCUAGUCAAGCUUGGGUCACGACGUGUUCACACGCAUUUUGCGUGGAACAUGGAAAAAGCGAAUUUAGGCAUAACGCUGAGAAUUCAUUGACUUGUCCCGCAUGCGGAAAUGAAUUGCGAGAUAAAUUCGACGUUAUUCAAGCUGAUCUUAAACCAAGUGAAACAUUUAAGUCAAUAGUUUUAGCGGGAUUAAAACCCGACACCAUAAUGGAUGUAGCCAUGCGUGCAAUGUCAUUUUGGUCAUACCAAAUUGAACAAGAGACUUUAUAUCAGGAGUCUUUAGCAAAGCAUUCAAAAGAGAAGCUUCAGUGUCUAGAAGAAGCCAGUAAUAUAAAUAUGAAAAAACUUCACGCUGAACUGGAAAGUUGUAAACGUAAGAUUACCACAUUACAAACAGAAUUCAAUAAAAAAAGGAAACAAACGGAGGAAUUAAGUGCAAAGUUAGAAGACAAGACGCGUAGACUUCAAAAAUUGACAUUUGAACUAGAGUCAUACAAGCGAAAGGAUAUUAGGUCAAACAAUUUUCAGGAAAGCAAUACCAGUAAUCGUGAUGUCUUUAUGGAUAUUUCUGAAUUAGUCGUGAAUAGAGUGCCAUCAGAGCCUUUUAUAUUCAAACCUAUGAAAGACCUAGAGGAAUCACGAAGAAUGAAUUCCCCCAAAACUCCAAUGUUUGAUUUUCGUCAUAGAAAUAAAAAUCGACGCGAAAUAAAUACAAGUUUUAAUUUUAGACCAAUACAAUAAGUUGCAUGAUAGAUUAUAAUUACCUGCAUU